AUAGGAAAGAAAUAGCAGUGUGGUCUUUUUUGUGUGAAAUUUUUUAAUUUCUGUGUUUUGAAGAAGCAAUUUAAUCGAAAAUAAUUUUCAUGGUAAAUUACAGGUUGUAGAGCGUACACGUCUCAUAAUAUUAAUCACAAGUUACGGCAUAAUAAUAAACCGGUAAGCAGUUAGCAUCAACAAAGUUUUUAAUCUUUAUUUUGAAAUGGCUGAAAGUAACGGAGAAUUGAGUGAAGAAGAUAUUAUUAUAAAUGAUCAAGAUGGUCUUCCAAAUGUUCACCCUAAUCUUCUAGCAGAAGCAGAAGUUGACAGCCCUGAACACCACACAGAUGAUGAAUUUGAAGAUUUACCAACGUCACUUAUAGUAACCAAUAUUCAGGACUGCGUUUUUACAACUCCAGAGAAAAAGCGGGAACUAGAAGAAUUAUUUAAAAUUUAUGAUCCAGAUGUCACAUUUCAGUGGCUGCGCAGUUUUAGAAGAUUGCGUGUAAAUUUCCAAACAGCCUUUGCAGCUGCCAGUGCCAGAAUACAGUUACACCAAUAUAAAAUAAACGAGUCCGUUAUCACCUGCUACUUUGCUCAACCUGUCACACCAGUAAAGAAUCCAAAUUUGCAGCCUCCCGCCCCUUAUAAGCAGUUCCUAAUCUCGCCUCCUGCAUCACCACCUCUGGACUGGGAACCGAGAGCCGAGGGCGAGCCGAUGAUCAACCAUGACCUGCUGGCGGCUUUGGCAACAUUAACGCCUGGGGGCUCUCACGAGUUACACCCCCCUUCUGCCGGCCAGCCUGCCAUCGUUGUUCAUACUGCACUUGGAGCAACUAAUUCUGGCGCUAAACCUAGAGUCUUGCAAACCUCAUGCCCAGAACGGAGUUAAUUUCUCUCCGAGUUCUAAUGGUAUGUAAAUAAGUAGUUGUUGGAGUUAGGUUUCUAAAACACCACAGUGUUAUUUCUUUCAGUAAAGAGUUUGAUGAUUGUCUAAAAGCCCACAGUCAUCAUGCCUAAUUAACGUAGUUAACUAUUAUACAGUUACGUGUAGAAUUUUCUGAACUUUUGAUGUAGCGUCAUCAGUUACAUCACUUAGUUUGUCUCAGUGGUAGCUAUGCUGCUAAGGAAUGAGGUGGAAAUUGUUUUCGUGUGUUUGGUACGAAUAACUUCUAUUUUUAUAUGUCUUUAUCAUACUCAUUUUCAAAUUCUAUAAAUUGAACUUUAACCCAAGAGUAUGUAACAGUAUGUAACAAUUAAAAAUAGACCUUUUAAUGUGAACAUUAUUCCAAAAAUACUCCCUAUUCGAGAUACAGGAUGACAAUGUUUUUACAUAAAUCUGCUAUUUUUUAUUUUUCCUAACGGAACUUUACAAAUAAUCAGCAUUGCUUUUGUUUACAUAAUAUGACAUAAUUAUGACAACCGUCAGCAGAACUGUCUGACCGAUAAUGAUAGUAAUGUAAGAAUGCUAAUACAACGUUCACUGAAGAGCUGAAAGGGAAAAAUGAAAAUAAUUUUUACUUGGAACAAAACCUUGCCACUUUUUUAAUUAAAUUGAUUGAAAUGAUUGCCCAUAUGUCUGCCACAGCUGGUUUAGGCGACUUGUGAUUUUACUACAUAUUAAAAGGUCCUAUCUAGAUUUAUCCACCAAGAUUAGUUCACAUAGUUAGGUAAAAAAUAUAUAAAUUAGAUUUGUUGAAACUUUAUCAUUCAGUAUUUUGAGGAACCUGACUAGAUUCUAAUUACAAAUGAUCCUGAAGAAUAAUUUCUACAUAUACAUACAUAUUUCAAACUGUUUGUAAGUAGGAUGUUAUCAUUUGGUUUGACAUAAUAAACAGGAAAGUCAAACAUAACGAAUUUGAUUUCAUCAUUAUUAUUUCCGAGAUCUUCGAGAUUAAUUCCAGGAUUUUUAAUUUCAAAAUAAGGACACACCAGUUCUUAAAUAUUUUUUUGUCAUUUAUUGAAUGUUCUUAUUGUAUUGAAAUGGUUUUUUAAAUUUCAUUCAUUCAAAUGCAAACCCAUGUUUAGAUGAGCUGGGAUAAGAAGCUACACUAUAAAAACUUGUCUUACAUUCUGAAAUAUUCAUUUACUUAAAUGUGAGCAAUGUUCACUUUUAUUAUAAUAUUUCAGUGAAAGUAUUAUUGCAAAAUUGUUCUUACUGUAGCCUCAAAGAAUAGCUUAUAAACUCAUUUGAACAUCAAUAAAGUUGAUGCCAUUUCAAAAGUUCAGACAUUUUCUGGAUAUUCCUAACAAGGUCUCAAAAGAAUAACACACAUAUGUGUUAUAUCUUUCCAGAUUUCUUGCACUAUUUAUUUUCUUCUAUGUAUGCAAAAAAUAAAAUUAGGUUUGAUAACUUAAUUUUUAUCUGUUAAAAGGGAGAAAUAUCUUUGAUAUAUCAUUAUAUUUUUGAAUAUUUUCUUUACCUUUUAUCUCACUUUUGUUAAUUUUAUAUUUUAUAAUAUAAUGCUAUUGGUUUUAUAGGGCCUAACUCUUGAGAUUCUCAUGGCUUCACUUAGUAGACCUGUAUAUUAAUAUUAUUUCGUAAAGCUUUAAUUGUGAUAUAGUCUUAGUUUGUUUAUAUUUAACAAUGUAAUUAUUUUAUUACAAUCUCUAAAAUGUAAUAAUUUUUAUUUUCUUUAAACACAGUUAAAGCAACUGGAUAAGCUAAUGGAUAGUUGUAUGUAACCGAAUAUGUUAAUUUUUUUUAACAGAAGACAACGAAUCCAUUGUACAGUAUUUUUAAUUCCUACAAGCAAUGAAGGACAUUUCUUUUCAUCGCUUAUAUUUAACCUAACAAAUUAGAGGUUUAGUAGAUUUUUGGAAGUUUUUAGUUCUAGUUGAACAAAAAAUUUAAAGCAGAGCCGGAAUUUUGUCACUUCAUUCAUUUUAAAAACGUAAUCAAAACAGCUAGAGCAUUUCACUAUUAGAAAAUAAGUUAAAUCAACCGAACAUUCAAGUAGAACUUUGAUUGGACACAUCGAUUGUACCAUUUCACAAAGAAAUAGAAAAAAUAUUCAUUAAUUUUAAUAAAGGAAAAGCUCAUCUCUGGUGUAUAUAUAAAAUCCGCGUCAUAAGCAUAGCGUAUUUUCAUGUAUUUACUUAUGUCUCUCCUCCCUAUUUGUAGUGUUCAGUUUUUGAAAGUAAAGUUUGCUUCAUUUUGGGAAACCAUGAGAAAAUAAUGUGAUAUGCAAAGAAAUAAUUUAGAUAAUUUUAUAUACAUAUUUGCAUAUUUGAAUGUAAUUAUUUAGAUAUGUAUGUAUACUUAAAAUUAUUUGACACUACACAUUCAUAUCAUAUCAAAUUAUGUUGUUUACUAGAAGUAACCAUAGACAAAAAUAUGUUUAUUAGAUUUCCGCCUUUGCCUCACUUUAACAUAUUUUAUGAGAAGCUGUAUAUCCACCAGUAAUUGUAGUUGGACUAUAGAUAGUUUAAUCAAGCUUAAAAUUUAUAACACUCCUUUGUAUAAUUAAAUCACGGAAUAAUAAAAGAUAUAUCUUUAUGGGAAUAAAAUUGUACUAUCAACAUUUUGAAGUGAACACACACAAUAUAAGUUCAUUUUGAAAUUAUUUUUAUUUUGCACGCAAUAUUAACCUCAUAACAAUGAAAAAAUAGAUAUAGAAAUAUAGAGAUGCUGAAGUACUUUGUCCUGACUUUGGCUAGCAACUUGAAAUAUAUUGGAGUCCUGGUUUGCAGGAGUGUACAUAUUUGGAAUAUAUUGGGCCUCGGAAGAAGUGUGUGGCAUUUUUUUUAGUGAAAUUCAACUGGUUUUUUUGAUAAUGUGAAAAUGAAUUUAUUUAAACCAAAUAUGCUUUAUUAUUAUCGAGAAUGUUUCACCAUUUUUCGGAUAGAGUCAUGAUGCCAUUGCUGAAGAACUCCUGUAGUUUCUCGUUGAAAAACUUAAUUCCAUUGAGAGAGUUCUGCAGAGAUCGAAACAAGUGAUAGUCAGCAAGUGCUAUACUGGUGACUAUACGAUGGAUGCAACCGCAAUUUUUGACGAAUCAUUAAAAAAACGUGUGGUCAGGCGUUAUUGUGAUGAUAGAAGCCCUUCUUUUUAUUCAAUUCGGGUCAUUUUCUUUCAAUUGCCUGUUGUAAUCUCUCCAGUUGUUCACAGUGAAGUAGAAAAUGGAAGUAGCUCGUGGUGGAUGAUUUCCUUCCAGUCCCACCACACACAGCAUCACCUUUUUCGACGUUAAUCCUGGUCAAUGCUUGUGGCGGCUCACUUAUCUUUGCCUUCUCCACUAUUUUAGACACUUCGAAUUGAUGUAUGUGACCCAUUUUUUAUCACUGGUUAUGAAACGUUUCAGAUAUGGCUCGAUUUCAUUGUGUUUCAGCAGCGCGGCAUAACAGAUGCUAAUUAUGCAUACAUCGAGCUUCGUUUUGUAGCCAGCUUUGUGUAAAUGGUUAAAAACACUUUAUGGUCAUUGUCUAGCUCGACACUGCUAAUAUGUUUAUUUUGCUGGACUUUUUCAAGAAUUUCAUCAGCUUUUUCAUUGAUGGACGAACAGAGCGUGACUCAUCUUUCACAUGAAAAUUACCAGAGUGAAAGCGAGCAAACCAUUUCCACGUAGCAGAUUUUGAUAAAGUACCUGCACGGCACACAGCACAAAUUUUUUCACAAGCCCGCACAGCAUUCUUCCCUUUGUCGUAAUAAUAAUCGAACAUAUAGCACAAUGUUUCAUUACUUUCCUUCAUUUUUAAACAACUUUCCAAUCACUGCUCCAAUUUCGGUGUCUAUACACAAGUAACACUCGAAGUGUCACCCUUCCAGCAAGUAUUUAUUGGUGUCGCUGCAAUCAGUGGUUCGUCAGUUAAUUGCAAUCGACGCCAUCUAUCAGGAAAAACGCCAUGAACUUUUUCCCAGACCUAAUAUAACUUCCUCAAAAGUGUAAAUCUUAAGCUUGUUACAAUUUCUUCAGGUGCCAAUUUUUGGAGAAAAUUGUAUUAGAAAUGUUUUUAUUUCAAAUCUAGUAACACGUUAUUUCACACGCCUGGAUUUGGCAUUAAUCAUUAAAGCUAAUUAUGCAUGAUAUAAAAAAAUACUAAAACAUUUUUUUUUAAACCUAUCAAAGGUUUCCAAAUAUUGUUAGUUAAUAAAAAAAUAUAUCAUUUAUUUUUUAUUUCUCAAGUUAGUUGUAUACAGGGUGUGCCUUUAACA